UGGACGCAGACAUAAACUUUAUGAGAUCGAUUUAAAAAAGAAAAGUCAACUCUCUUAACGUUCUCUGUUUUAAGUCCGCAUUUUUACCGGUUAUCGCGAGAGUUCCUCUCCUGAGAUGACGCUGCAGUGGACCGUCGUGGCGCUCUUCCUCUACGGGGAGAUGGGCAUCCUCGUCAUCCUCUGUCUGCCCUUCAUCUCCGCCAGGAGGUUCCAGAGCGUCUUCCAGCUGAACAUCUGGAGCAGCGUCACGAGGCUCUGGAACAAAGUGUUCCUCACCAUGAUCAUCGUCCUCGUAGUUCUCUUCCUGGACGCCGUGCGUGAGGUGAGGAAAUACUCCGCUAAAGACCUCAGCACCGACGCCAAGCUGCAGCCCAACAUGUACGACCACCUCCACAUGAAGCUGUUCCGGGCGCAGAGGAACCUCUACAUCUCCGGCUUCGCCGUCUUCCUCUGGCUGGUCAUGAAGCGCGUCGUCACCUUAAUCAACCAGCUGGCGUCGGCGUGCGGCGCGACGGCCGCCCUCCAGGCGCAGGCCGCCGACGCCACCCGGACCGCCAGGAAGUACAAGGAGAACAACGAGCUGCUGGAGCAGGUUCUGAAGGACGGGAAGGGAGAGAAGGCCGUCGCAGAGGGGAUGACGCUGCUGAGAAGAGAGGUGGAGAAGCUGAGUGAAGAACUGAGGAGCUCAGGAGAGGCACUGACGAAGUCUCGGUCCGACGGCGACGUGAUGAAGAAGCAGCUGGACGGCCUGACCCGGGAGUACGACCGGCUGCUGAGGGAACACCAGGAGCUCCAGAAUCUUCAAGACGGUGAAAACAAAAAAGACGACUAGUCAUUGCAAGAUGCUUAAAAGAUCAAAGUGUUUACACAGAAAAUUAACCCAAUCACGAGAGCGCGCCGGUCAUCACACACGGCUCACCUGAGACCUGUAACGCCUUCGCAUGGAGGCGGUUUAUCUGAAGGAGUAAUAUUGAUUUAAAAAGAAAGAUGCAGCCAGGAAGCGCGUCGCUUCGUGGUUUGUCGUCAGCCAGGUGAAUAUUAUAUUGUGGAGUGCAUGACUUUUCAGCAGCUGGAGCAGCGAUGAAUGUAUUUUGAUACUUGAGACGCCUGCUGCACCUUCUUUGAUCUGGUCCGUCACAUAUAUUUAUACGCCAUUUACAGUCACACUUCACAUGUUGUUGUUUUUUGCCAGUUGGUGAUCUUUCCACACGUUUGUUUUAUUUUGAUUUUUUCCCUCCUUAACUUGAAUUUGUAAACGUUGAAGGUGAAUAUGGAUAAAGACUGAAUACCUGUGGGAAUUUGAAAAAUUGCAUUCGACCACUUGUGAUUUCAUUUGAGGUUUAAAUGUCUUCAGUUCAAACUUUUGAAUGUCUAAACUGUCGUUUAUAUAUAUUCUGCAUAUGUGUUAUAUUUCCGUUAGCCACGCAGUCCCGUGUCACUGUGAAAGAGGAGAUGAGAUUGUAAUCACCAGAUGUUUAACUUUUUUUAAUUUAAUAAUCAAUGUGUUAUUGGGUUUACCUUUCUGGUAGAAAAAGAGAAAGUCCUAUUUAAAUGAUAUUCUGAUGUUUCUGAGCCUUUUUUUUUUAAAGCUACAGUGUGAAAUAAAGAAGCAUUCCUCUGUGA